AUGAACAAACGAACGCUCCCGUCGGCCCUCGUCGCUCGUCAGUCGCGGCGACGCAUCGCGCGAAGCAUGGGCUUCCUCACGCGCUGGAUCGCGUCGAAGAUGGAGGACCCGGCGGAGCGGGAGGAGAAGUGGGUCAAGCACAUGCGCGAGACGGACGCGAAGUGCGAUGAACUGAAAAAGCGAUGGAACCAGCCGACGAAGACGCACGGGUACUGGGCGAAGGACAAGAUGCAGACGACGUUCAAGUUCUCGCUGGAUCCUAUCCUCACGAACGCGCCGGGGAAGACGCAGGGGUGGUGA